AUGAGAACGCCCGAGGCCUGCUUCUUCUUCCUCUUCAGCGCCGUCCAGCUAUUCGACACCAGUGUCGGAAUCUUCAACUGCUUCCGUUCUCGACCGAAUUUGAGCGGGAUGAAUGAACCGGAGGAGUUCUUUCUGUUGAGCGCACCCGUAAGACUAAGCCUCCGAAACCAGCAGACAAUUUACGCCAACGACCGCCCAGUCGUGCUUGUAGGAGCGAGCGAAGGCUACUGGACUAUCAAAGGCCUACGCGAAGGAUACGGCUGUGUGGUAACCCGCUGCCCUAGCCAAGAGACACCCCGGCCUCAUCCCAACCAAGGCGCACCCUCAGACGCAAAUCUCAGGAUACCCUCAUACAUCAAUCAGCCCACCCACUCAUCUUGGAGCUUGCGGCCCUUCUCACAUUUCCACGAAGGAUCCUCUUCUUCUUCUUCCCAUUAUUCCACACAGGCAACACCUUCACAUUCCAAUCAAGGGUCGCCCCAACAUCCUGAAGGGACACCCUCAGAUCUCAACGAGGAGACACCCCCACACACCAACCAAGGCUCCCCUCAAUACUCUAACCCAGGCUCACCUCCAAACCAAGGCUCACCCCCACAAUCCCACCAAGUUUUACCCUCAACCUCCAGCCAAGCCUCACCCCCACACUCAAGCCAAGUUUCAUCUUCACACUCCAGCGAUGAGGCAUCUCAUGAGGACACCCCACUUGUUUUCAUGCAAGGCCUUGAGAAGGAUGUUGAACAUAUCCUCCAAGCUAAAACUACCACAAAAUUAGAACUCAAUUUGUAUAUUCUAACUGGGUCUGGAUAA